AUGAACAAGAUAUCUGAAGGCGCCCGCGAAUGGGAGACAUUCAAAUAUGAUUCCUUCCACAUCCCCAGUGCCGUCUUCAACAGCCCCGACCGCCCGAUCCCGUUCUCGGCCAUCUCGUCGUCGCCUGAUACCGGUCUCACUGCCUUUGCGCAAUUGGGAGCCUUCCGAUUAAAUGCUUCUCGCGCACUGAUCUCCAUCUUCGACCGCCAGCACCAGUAUGUCGUCGCCGAGGCUACUCGGUCUCUUCCUCUCACGGCCAAUGCCAAACGCGCAACGGCGAAUCCUCUGUGGCUCUGUGGAACGGCCAUUCCUCGCUCUUUCGGAAUAUGCGACCAUGUCCUCGUCGGAGAGACUUCCCAGGCAGCAAACUUGGCUGCUCCAACGAACGAUGAUGGACUUCCUGUGUCCAUAAUCCCCGACCUUGCCCUCGACCGCCGGUUUUUCAACCGCCCAUACAUCGAUGCCGCCCCGCACAACCGCUUUUACGCAGGUGUUCCCAUUCGUUCCCCAAAAGGUAUCAAUAUCGGAGUGUACUGCAUCUUCGACGACAAGCCGAGGUCGGGGUUGGAUGCCGAUUCGGUCCAGUUUCUCCAAGAAAUGUCACAGACCGUGAUGGACUACCUGGAAUCAAGGAGGGUCAACGAGAGCUACCGCCGCAGCGAACGCAUGGUUCAAGGACUGGGAGACUUCAUCGGAGGCAAGGAGGACACACCGCCAACUACGAAGCCCCCAUCGCCGAGAUCCUCCUCGACAGGGUUCGACACGCCCGUGACAUCACCGCCGGAGCAAGAACCGCCGUCGCCAAAGUCCGACUCCACGGAUGCCGUUCGACCGAACAUAAACCCCAUCAGCCAAGACCCUUCCGAUUCUCCGUCCAAGAUUGACUCUAGCAGUUCCGUCGAGACGACAGCAUCGACCGCGACCGUAGCAACAACGACAUCCAGCUCUGCGCCUCCAGAUCCCCGACUUACAGGGACCAUCAAGAUCUUCUCGCGCGCCGCCAACGUGAUCAGGAAAGCAUUGGAAGUGGACGGUGCCAUUUUUCUUGACGCAAGUAUCGCCUCGUAUGGUGGUCUCGUGAGCGGCCCUCGUAGGGCCAGCGAGGUUGCGGAUAACCACUUCUCUAGCAGCGACGACAGCUUGUCGGAACGUCCCGAGGACCCAAACGACAGGUGGUGCAAAUGCUUUGGAAGAUCCUCGACGGUGGAGGGGGUGAUGAACGGCAGCGCCCAGUCGGGCCGUACUACACUGCGCGAGCGGUUCCUCAAGAAGCUGCUGCGCCGGUAUCCAAAUGGCAAGGUCUUCAGUUACGACGAAAUGGGCAACUGGAAUUCAGUGGACUGUGAAAACGACGACGCAGACAUUACCCCGACCGAAGAGAGCGAGCAAGCGACUCGACCGGAGACUCGUGCAGCGUACUCAUAUUUCACGAGACGAAACGAGGCCAAGACCAUUGUAGACAUGUUUCCUGGUGCUAGAAGUGUGGCGGUGGUGCCUCUCUGGGACCCUUCGAAAGAGCGAUGCUAUGCUGGGGGCUUUGUCUGGAGCAAGAGCGCGUCACGUAUCCUGACGCCUGACGCAGAUCUGCCGUAUCUGCGAGCCUUCGGCAUGGUGACGAUGGCGGAGAUCAUCCGACUAGAUGCAGUGAUUGCGGAAAAGGCGAAGACGGACAUUCUGGGCUCACUCAGCCACGAGCUGAGGUCUCCCCUCCACGGAGUUGUCGCCGCGGCUGAACUUCUCCACGAUACACAGCUUGACGCAUUCCAGGUGGAUGUCAUCCACACCAUUGAAAUAUCUGGCAAAACCUUGCUGGAUACUAUCGACCACUUGCUUGAUUACAGCAAGGUAAAUACCUACCUGCGAGCAUCGAAAUCCCAGCGACGAAAUAACGGACCAGGGCGUGGGCUGCGACAAGAAGCGACGACAUCCAUCGAAUCGGGUAUGAUGACGUUGAUAUCGGAUGUUCACCUCGACCUUCUUGUGGAAGAGGUCAUCGAAAGCGUUUUCAUCGGCCACAGCUUCCAGCACAUGGUCGCGUCGCAGCUUGCCCGACAUGGCUCUUCGUCUGGACCUCCUACGCCAGCCCAAGAGAAACUCGAUGCCAUCGCUACAUCAGAGGGCAUUGGCCAUAAGCGUAUGCCAUCUGAACCGCAGGCCCCCAAUGUCAAAGACGUCAAGAUCUUGGUCGAUAUUGAUCCAAACUUCUCUUGGGUCUUCCACGCGCAGCCAGGCGCCCUCCGCCGCAUCAUCAUGAACCUCUUCGGCAACGCCUUGAAGUACACAUCCCGUGGUUUCAUCAAGGUCCAGAUGAGACAGGAGGAAGUGGUGCACAAAUCGGCAAGAUCGGCGUCUAUGGUUGUCCUCACUGUGACGGACUCGGGUAAGGGCAUCAGCGAAGACUUCCUUCGCAACAAACUCUUCACGCCCUUCUCGCAAGAGGAUUCUUUGGCUCCGGGUACAGGCUUGGGAUUGAGUUUGGUGAGACAGAUCGUUGCCACUCUCGGCGGAACGAUCAGUGUCAAGAGCCAAGUUGGACACGGAACAAGCAUUACGGUCUCCAUGCCUCUCAUCUUGUCGCGCAAGGCCGGCAGCCGCGGGCGCAAGUUUUCCGCUGACUUGAGCUGCUUGGCUGGAAAGCGUCUUUCCGUGCGCGGAUUCAGCCGAGGCCUCGACAGCUCGGAGGAGCUCCGCCUGGGUGGCCAAGACCUUCCUGUAGAGAGUCUUCCUUUCAAGUGGCUGGACGUCAAUAUCACCGACGAUAGAGCCGACAGGGCCCCCUCGCCGGCUGACCUGAUGGUCUGCAGCGAAGAGGCUUUCCGAAAGAUAGAUUUGGCCAAUACUCGAGGCAACGAAACCCCCCUCGUUGUUGUUUGUGGCAAUGCCGAAUCGGCACAGAAGCUCGCGACCUCUUAUCGCCGCUCCCGGCAGCAAACCGUCAUGGAGUUCAUUGCCCAACCCACUGGGCCGAGAAAGGUGGCAAAAGCCCUAGCAUGUGCUCUCGACCGGUGGCAGCAGCGCCAAGCUGUCAAAAUGGUAGGUGCCGGGCCGUCCUCCGACGUAUUCUCCGGCCCUUUCCCGCCAUCUAGUGCGAUACGGUCCGAACUGUCACCCGGCCGGAAGAGGGCGCAGUCUGAGAGUAUCAAGAGCGUGAGAAUGGCCACGCCGCCCGCCGAAGUCAUAUCACAGUCGCCACUUGAGACCUGGAACAACCAGGCCGCCGAGCCAAACUUCACCUUGACGCUCCCUUACCGACCUGCCGCGAAAGCUGCAGCCGCUGCGGCCUCGGCUACUUCAACACCGGGUACCGCAACGCCGCCCACCGCGGCUUCUUAUCCAUCAUCGAAGAACGUAAAUCUCCAAGAGUUCCUGCUUGUGGACGACAACCCUAUCAACCUGAAGAUUCUGUCUGCGAACAUGAAGAGGCUUCAGAAGAAGCACACCACAGCUUCCAAUGGGCUGGAAGCUCUCCAAACAUACACAAACCAACCAAACCGCUUUUGCUGCAUCCUUAUAGACAUUACCAUGCCCGUUAUGGACGGGCUGGAAGCCACGAGGCGAAUUCGGAAGUUUGAGCGAGCCCACCACCUCCCGCCCGUAGUGGUAAUCGCCAUUACGAGCUUGGGAUCGGCUGGUGCUCGCCAGGAGGGCUUCGCGAGCGGAAUGGACCUCUUCCUGACCAGACCGGUCACCAUGACAGAACUCGUCAAGAUCCUCAAACAGAGGAAACUAGUUGAUGAAGACACUGAGAAACAGGUACUCGGAAAGUGA